UUCAAAACAGAUAAUCAAGGACAGCAAUGGAGAUAUCUCACUGGGCCAUCCUGAGUCUAUCGUCCCUCUUCAUCUCUGGGGUCAGAUGCCAAGUCCAGCUCAACCAGAGCCUGCUGGAGAUCGCCAAGGAAGGAGAGAAUUCCACCAUCGCCUGCAAGUAUGACUCAGUUGUCUACAACGUGCAGUGGUACAGGCAGUUCCCAGGAGAGAGACCUACACAUCUGCUCACAAUAGCGGGAAAGGAAGCCAGCGAGGAACCCAACUUCAGGGCUGAGCACAACAAACAGGAACAGUCGAGUCGCCUGCGUAUCACAGAGGUCCAGCUUUCAGACGCAGCCACCUACUUCUGUGCCGUGGAAGCACAGCGAGGGGUUUCAGGCCAGGAGUCUGUCUCCCAGGAUCCAUCUUCUUUGGCCAAGGAGGGAGAACCCGUCCAACUCAACUGCUCCUAUAGCGGAACUGCCAACAGCUUUCAGUGGUUCAAGCAAUCUCCUGGGGGCCAGAUUCAGUCCAUGGCCAUGGUGUUUGGUAGAGUCUGUAAGUCUGAAUCGGAAGUAACUCAGCUGCCCGCAAAGGAGAACAUCUGGGAAGGAGACCCGUUCGCCCUCACCUGCAACUUUCCUGUGGAUUACAGUACUUUCUUUUGGUACCUCCAGCUGCCUGGAUCAGCUCCAUCUUUGCUGCUGUCUGUAGGUUCCACGGAAAAUAACACUGACGGGCGGUUCACAGCCGAGCGUCUGGAGAAAGGGAGGCAAAGCCGCCUGCACCUCUCUAGCUCUCAGCUUCGUGACUCAGGCACUUACUUAUGUGCAGCGAGAGCACAGUGA